GCUGUAGGAUUAGGAGUCAGUAAAUGAAUGGCCCCAUUCCAAACCUUAUACACCUGUACUCAUUACACUAUCCAUCCUCUGCUCUCUCUAUAUAUACAGCUUAUGUUCUUCACUCCCAAAUCUCACUCCCUCAAAUCUAUAUUUCCCAGCUCGAGGAAGAAGGAUUUGGGAGUCUCUCACCAUUCCUCUUCUUCUCCAUCUUCUCAUUUAUAUAUCCUCAUAUAAUAUACAUACAUAUAUAUGGCUUUAAUGGCUCAAUUUUGCUUGUUAGUUUCUCUACUAACACUUAUAAUCCCCAAUCUCUUCAUAUCAGUUGUACUAUCAUCAGCAACAUUUACAAUACUAAACAAGUGCCAACACAGUAUAUGGCCAGGCAUUCAAUCCAACGCCGGGAUUGAUCAGCUCUCCGUCACCGGCUUCGCCCUCCAGAAGGGCGAGUCCAAAACCAUAACCGCCCCAACUUCUUGGGGAGGCCGAUUCUGGGGUCGCACCCUCUGUACCGAAGACUCCACAGGCAAGUUCACCUGCGUCACAGGGGAUUGCGGCACUGGAAAGGUAGACUGCGCCGGCAACAACGCCGCGACGCCGGCCACACUAGCCGAGUUCACGCUGGACGGGUCUAAUGGGUUGGACUUCUACGACGUGAGCUUGGUCGACGGGUACAACAUUCCGAUGCUGGUGGUGCCUCAGGGUGGGACCGGAGGGAAUUGUACAACCAUGGGAUGCGCGGUGGACUUGAAUGGCGCGUGUCCGUCGGAGCUGAAGGUGACGAGUACGGAGGGAGAGAGCGUGGCGUGUAAGAGCGCGUGUGAUGCGUUCAGGCAAGACGAGUAUUGUUGUAAAGGUGCGUACGGAGCACCGGACACUUGUAAGCCGUCUUCGUACUCGGAAUUGUUUAAGAAGGCCUGCCCACAAGCGUACAGCUAUGCCUAUGACGACAAGACGAGUACCUUCACUUGUGCCGGUGCCAACUACCUCAUCACCUUCUGUCCUUCCCCAAGCACCAGCCAAAAAGCAUCAUCGGAGGGACAAACCCCGGCAGCAUCAAAUUCGCCGGUAAUCAACGGCACAAUGGAGUACGUAGGUGUAUUGGAUACAAGUGGCGGCGCAUCGGAUUGGAGUGGUGCGUCGUCACCAUCCACUUUCACACACAUGUCUCGAUCUCACGCCAUUGCCGGUGUAGUCGCCAUCGUGGCAGCGACGUGGUGGCUAUGUCAGCUCAUCUAACUUUAGUUUCAACUAGCUCUCUUUUCAAUCAAAAAUUAUUAAAUAAUUUCAGAAUAUUAAAUAGUACAAUUUACGUGAUCGCAAAAUAACGUGAUGAGCAUCUUCGUCUUUCAACUAUUUAACAAAAUUCAGUAUUAUCCGACCUGCAAAACAAUGCCACGUGAGAACCCGUGCUACUAAAUAAUAUCCCCUUUGCAACUAGUACUAGUAGAAGCACACCAACUUUUUCAAAUGAUUCUCAUCCAUUACCUUCUCCAUCUCGUUUUGUCGGAAUUUGGGUGCUAUGUCACGUGUGGGCCAUUCCGUCGUUCUCGACCUUCUAUCCUUUUCCCUCUAUGGGCCACGUGACAAGGCCUGGACCCCACGAGUCUGGCCCAUGUGAUGUGUAACCGAGUCCCAUUGAAAAGCUUACUCGUCACACCCAAACUCUUCCCCUUUCGAAAACUUAUUAAAUAUAUUCUCCGAGAUUUCUUUGUCUACAUGGUACUCCUAAGAAAUGAAAACAUCGUUUGUCUUUCAAUUAUCAAACAAAUAUAAGUCAGAAUAUUGUCUUCCUCAACAUGGGAUCUUUUAUUUUUAUUUUUUUUAUCUCAAAACAUUCUAAUCAUUAGAUUAUGUUUUAAAAUUUCCAUUGUUGCAUCAUAUCUAAGCACUUGUUGGUUUGGAUCGACGAAACAAUAUCAUUUUAUCUUUAUCAAAAUGAUUGUAAUAUAUUUCUGUAUGUGAGGUGUCUCGAGAUUCUUAUAUUAUGUAAUGAUUAUAUACAUUUUGAUGUAUGCAUAUAAUAGGGAUACCAAAAAAAUAUGCAAUAGAGAACACACCAUAUAAAGCAGUUGGGUUUUUGUUAUUUUCAUUCGUCUUUAAAGGAGGGGAGGAGAUUUUAUUUGUUGGUUGGGAAAAUUAUAUGUAAAUGCAUUUGGUGCCAAUAGUAUAGGUUAAAUUUUAUUAUCAUUUUUGUCCCUACCUUUUUGUCAUGUUCUUACUGUAUAUGAUGUCUUCAAUCAUAAAGGAAUAAAGCAACUUGUUUAAUUAA